UGAGCUGUGAAAGGGUGGAAAUUUUCGUGGGUGAAAAGUGUUUUGAUUUUCAUUUUCCUUUCAUAUUUCGAAGAAAUAUCUCAUUCAAGUUUCGUCGAUUACGUUAAUUAAUUCAUUGAAGAAUACUCCGUAUUGAUAAAUGAUUGUUUAGAAAAUUGUUUAGUAACGUAUUUUAUCCCGUAUUCAACAUAUCAAUAGAUGUUGGUCAAAAUGUACAUAAAUGUAGCAUAUUUUGCGCACAUAUCAUGUUUGCUUUGUUUGUUUCCUAUCGUUUGCUUAUGCGCUAGUCAAGAAUCGAAUAGUUCUGUCAAAAAUGUCACUUCAGAUGUAACGAAUGCGAAGAUUCUAGUCACAACACCUACGAUGGUUUCCACGACAUCCCGAAUACCUAAUCAGACUACUAAAAGUGCUGCGAAAAGUACGAAAGAGGAUGUCGAAGAUACCAAGAAAGUCGAAUCAAUUAAGAAAAUGAACCUGAUAAAAGGCAGUAAAGUGAAAACAACUCCAGCUAGUAAUUCAAAUAUCGCAACUUAUCGGUUAAAUAACGAGGAAGAUGGUACGACGUGUAUUUUGAUGACUGUUGAUGCGUUGAUCAGCUUUUUAUACACAACGAAACUGAACGAACAAGAGGAAAGUGACGCAUUUGUUCCUGAUAAAGUUGAGGUAGCUGGAGACUGCAGUAAUGAAGAUGAUUCAGUUCUAGUUAUAAAAUGGAAAACGUUCGAAUUAACGUUCAGAUUUGAAAAAACUCCUGGUGGUGAAAGGUGGUUUGUUAAUCGUGUUCAAUUGACUUUCAACACGAAAGAAUCCGUAUUCAAGCAUAUCAACCAUCCUAAUGCUGUGAUAAAUGCCCAAACUCCCCAAGGAGAUUUACUCUUAGUCACGCCAGUCGGUAGAUCAUUCAAAUGCCAUCGUGAAAUAGAAAUUAAUUUAUUCGAUCCAGCGUUUCAAGAUCUUAAAGUUAAGCUCCUCCUGAGAGAGUUGACUGUCGAACCUUUCAUCUUCAAGAACAACGAUUUCGGACCAGAAUACCUCUGUGCUGAAGGAGGAGCUGGCUCAUUCCGCAGCGAAACAGCACCAUUUGUAUUUGGAAGUUUACUAGCUGUCUGUGCAUUAUUUACCAUCGCAGGUUAUUCCAUCUAUCGUUAUUUGAAAGUGAAUAAAGUUCAAUACGAUACGAUGGAGUAAGCGGGUUCGACCUUCAGAUGUGUUAAUUGGGAUUGUUUUUUAAAAAAACUACUUUUACGAGUUUGACUUGUUUUUCGUUUCGUUGGUUUUCAUUUCAAUUUUUUUUCUUUUUUAAUUAUCCUUACAGCAUUUCAUUUGCUAUGUACUUCCCUGAUUUAAAUGAUCUCCAAUUUAUUGCUUUAUAUUUGCGUUUUAACGAAAAAAUUGUGAUAAGUCUUGUUUUUUUCUAGUCUUUGUUGCUUCGUAUGGUUUUUAAAUUGACCGACAUUACGUAUGAUUUGCGUUCGUGUAGCUUCUGAUUCAUUCGGUUUAUUUUCAUUUUUCAUUUCAUUUCUACUAUUCGAGCUGUCCCAAGGGUUUAUUAUUGUUUAGGAUAUAUUUUUUUCCUUAUUCCGCUUUAUUUAACUUGCCCGUAUUUUUACUUUAUUUUUUUGUUUUUUACCUUGAGUGGUGUUUUGGUUUUGUUACGGUUUUGUUUGUUUGUUGAGUCGUUUAUUUGUUGGUCUUCUAAGAAGACUCUAAAUGUUUAUCACAUUGUUCUUCCCAUCUUCCCCCUUUUAAAUGAAUCAAUCAAGCUCUCAUCAAUCAAAAUGUUGCUAAAAUAUUAUUUUUAUGGAAGGAAAAAAAAUCAAAACGACAGUUUUGGUUUUAAUUUAAUUUGCUUGAAUAACUAAACUUAUCAAUCCUGUAUUACAUUCUUAUCCUUUAACUUAUAAAUUAUUUAAUUUAAUUAUUUCAUUUUUAAACAUUUUCUCGAAUGGUACUCUUGCCUCUAAAACUCAUUUAUAUCAAUUUAUGGUUUUUUAAAUAUUUUUUUUAAAACGUCAAUUAAUGGCACUUAGUGUUGUUCUCUUUUUCUCACCUUAAAAAAAGUACUUUCACACUAAUCACGAAUUGUCUUCAUUUGUUUUGGCAUUGAUUGUAAAAUUACUUGACUAAUUAAGUAAUCCUUGUUUUUUGCACGAAUGCACCUGAAUAAUUUAUGCAAUUUUUUUUGUAAAUGAAAAAAAUGUUUUGGCGAAUAUGAUUCAUACUUCGAAAAAAAAAACAUAGUAAAAACAUGAAUAUCUGAAUGAAAAUAAAUGAAAAAUUAAUCUUUUAUUAUAGCCUUGACGAAAAAAUUAUGUAAGUUUUUUUCAUCAUAUCAUAAUACCUAAUUAUAAUUAUUUUUUACGAUGAAUAGUCACGUUAGCGUUGCAUUAUAAAUUUUUUUUAUGGAUUUCGUGGGUAAUAUUAAAUUAUUCUAUCUAUUAUUUGGUUUUUGAAGGAGAAUAAAAAUCUAUAAUUUUGUAGAUGAAAACGAAAAUUGUUCCAAAUAUGAACAAACUUUGAAACAAAUUCUUAAAAAUCAAGGAAAAUGAGCUGAUUUUUGAAAAAAUGAAUUAUUUUUGCCUAAUUUUGAAUUGAUGUAACUAUUUUAAUUUUUUUUUUCUUGCUCACUAGGUACAUCAAUGCUCACUACAUAUAAUCAAAUUUUUAUUUUAUUUUAUCAUUAUUAUUUUUUUUAUAAUGUUGAUUAAGUGAAAUAUCCAAAAUAAUAUAACUUGAAUUUUUUUCAUAUCGAACAAAGGUUUAUUACCAAAUAUUAAAUUUUACCAAAAUUAAAUGAUAAACUAGUCAAUAUUUUUUUAGUAAGAUUGUACAUAUCAUUAAAUCACAUAUCUGUUAAAUCUUAUACUUGACAGCAAUAAUUUCUCAUAUCCUAUAUAUAUUUUUCAAUCAAACGAAGCAUAUUUGUUACGUAGAAAUAUAGUGUCCGAUCUCUUAUUCACUUUCAAAUUUGAAUUUCACCCUCACCUCCCAAGUCCCAUGUAAGCCAAUUAAGACAAAUUCAAUAAUUGUGAUACAGAGGUCUCUCUAUAAUAUUAUGGUGUAGUGAUUCUCAUUUUAUUCCUAUUUCCUAUAUUAUUAUACAUUCUUUUCUAACAUAUCGUUACAUUAAUAACGUAUUGCUUACUUAUUCCAAAAAAAGACGAGCAUAAUACUUAUAGUCGAGAAAUUGAAAAAAUAUAUAUUUUAUACGUCAAUUAUUGUGUAAGAGGUAGUGUAAAGUUACGUAUCCCCCUGGCCCUCUUUCUUCUCUAUUCCCCUGUCCCCUUUUUCAAGUCUAUGUUCUUGAUUUUACCCGCUAGUCUAGUUUUGAAAAAAAAAGAUGGCAUUUAUUAAUUGUUAUAUUUUUUUGCUUUUAUUUAGUGUUCUUUAUUAUAAAGUUGUAACUUAUAUUUUAAUCCUAAAAACCAAAAUUUUAAAAAUACAAUGAUUUAACGCGUA